UUGAUUUCCAGCUUGUGACAUUGCUGUGUGUCGACGAGUAUGGCACCGGUUUUCCAGUGGCCUUCUGCAUAACAAGCAGAGUUGAGAGAAGAGCGAUGGAGAUCUUUUUCAAAGCCAUCCGCGAAAAAACUGGCCAAAUUCACGCAAAAGCAUUUAUGACAGAUGAUGCCCCUGCUUUCUAUAAUGCAUGGAGAGCCAUCAUGGGGGAUGCACAGCGACAGCUUCUUUGUGCCUGGCAUGUAGAUAAAAAUUGGAGAGAAAACAUCAGGAAGCAUAUUCAUGACCAGGAACUCCAAGUAUUCGUGUACAAGGUACUGCGGACCAUGAUGGAUGCAUCCACACAGGAAGAGCUCACCGAAGUGAUGAAAGAGUUCGAUGAAUUCUGCAGCGAACAUGGCAGGGAAAACAAUGGGUUGAUGAAGUUCAACACUUAUUUUAAGAACAACUACUCAAACCGAGCAACCCUGUGGGCUGCAUGCCACAGAAUCGAAUAUGGGAUAAACACUAACAUGAGGCUGGAGGCGCUCCACAGAGUGAUUAAAUACUGCUAUUUAAAUGGAAAACAAAACAAAAGGAUCGACAAACUGAUCUCCAUUCUUCUGAAAUUGGUACGUGACAAGAUUUUUGAUCGGCUAAUAAAACUGACGAAGAAUAGUGAGACCGCAUUUGAACGCGAGACAAAAACAAGGCAUUGCACUGGUGCAGAAAUUGAUGGCUCAGCAAUUCAGGCAGCUGCAAAGGACCAAUGGCUCGUGAAGUCACAGUCGGCGGACCUCUUCUACACUGUGACCUGUGAUGACAACAAAAGCUGCGACGAAACGUGCCAACUAGUGUGCAAGGACUGUAGAACCUGCAUUCACUGUUGGUCUUGCACCUGCAAGGACAAUGUGCUCAGAAGACACAUGUGCAAGCACAUUCAUGCUGUGAGCCUGAUCAAGCUUCAUGCCGUUGACAAAGUUGAGCCUUCAACACAGCAGCAAUGCGAGCAGGUUUCCAUUGACCAGGCAGAGGAAGACAACCUGAUGGCUGCUGCAACCAGCAUACAGGCGGUAAGACCAAAGGAGACGCGCACUUCAGCACGCUGUGCCCUCCUACUAGAUGCCAUACGCACGCAUCUACAACAUUCACUUCCAGACACAUUUUUGUCAUGGUUAGAACCAACACUGCAAGAGGCACUUUCAAGGAUAAGUGCCAUCACAAACACACAAUCAGCACCAACAGUGUCAUCGAAAAGAAAAAUUGAGCCACAGAGGAGAUUUUUUUCAAAAAGAAGAAGCCCACUACCGAAGGGAAGGCAAGGAUGGCAAAACCAACCCUGACAAAACAGAUGGCAAUGCACCAUCUCCUCAGAGGAGAAGGCACAUCAGAGGUGCCAACUGACAUUGACAGAGAAGAGGACCACAACUACAGUAAACGCAGUGAAGAUGUCGCCCGCACAGCCGAUACCUAACUGCUUGGACUUGUCCACAGUAGGAUUUGCAAUCAGCAACCAGCCUUCCUGCAGAAUUUUCGCACUCUGUACUUUUGCACCCUGCACUUUGUUUUCGCACUCUGUUGAAGUUGGCAGCGACUUCAGCGAUUUAAAAAUUAGUUUAGAAGAGGGACUAACGUUUCUGUAUUUUCAAAAGAAAAGCGUUGACUCACAGUUGAAAAAAUGCUAGGAGACUCAUCAGCAAGCAUAUGGCUGGCAGUGUGAGCGACGCAGUAACAAACAACGUUAAAGGGGUACUGACACAAAAUUUCGCAGCCGAGACAGCCUGCGGGUUCGAUUCCCGUGAACAUGUGUAUAUCAUCUGCAAAAUAUCAACAGCGAAUAUAGCUUGGAAGGUAUUUUAAAUUAAUUUUGAAGUUUGCGUGAGCGAUCGACUCCGUCGCUCUACUGACACCAUCAGAGGUGACCCUCGGUGACCCCCCUACUUCCCUCACGUAACGACGCUGCAACAAGUUAGGAUGAUGUCAUAGCCGCCAUUUUUUCUUUUGCCACGUUUGUUCCGGCAGUCUAUACUUUUCGGCGGCUGGUCGCGAGUCCGUGGCCGCGGCGCACGCGUUGAAAGUUUUGUGUUUGGCGACACUGCUGUCCCGUUUGCUAUUCGAAAGGACUUCUCGAUGCGGACCGUGCGGAAGUGAGUCACAGUUCUGUGUGCUGACGUGAUCGAGAGCUGCGCACGCUAGGUGGUGAUAGUUGCACCCGGUGCCUUGUCGUUUUUCGAGCUCUCUCAAACCGAAACUGAAACUGGUCGGUAAUGAGGAGCCUGUAAUUAAAUAUCUGUCGCGCGCUGCAGCAAAUGAGGUGCCGUGUUAUGACUAACAGGCCCCCAGCAACACAUUGCAGCAAAAAAACGCGAGGCCAAAGUUUUUGUGUCAGUACCCCUUUAGGCGGAGCGCCAUAGAGGCGAAAAGAUCUAUUGGCAAGCAGCGACUUAAAAAAAAAAAAAAAAAAAACUGGCUCUGAGUAGCUACUGAAAA